AUGGACUCAAAGGAUAGAGUUCGGAAAGCCGUACCUGCGCUGCUUCACGCAGCAGACCAGCAAAAGGCAGAGGUGACGAGUCAAGGACAAGCCUUCGGGACACCCUUCCCAAAGCUUUACAAAGAGCCCCACCUGGGAUUCUGCUUGGAGUUUGACCACAACAUCGCACACACCUCUGGGGGCAAUUCUAGGGAGCGGCAAAAAACAUCCCUGAAUGGAGAUGUAGCAGAUGACACAGUCAGUGCUCACACGCCCUUCACAGUAGCUAACCACCAUUCAGUUACUCGACUAGUGCAAGGAUGCGGGAGGCGCCCCGCGCUGCCCCGCGGCCCCGCCGCGCCCGCCGCGCCCGCCUCCGGGCCCGUGCCCGUCCCCGGCUUCCUCGCCAAGCUCUGGGCCUUGCUGGAGGAUCCGGACAGCGACGACGUCAUCUGCUGGAGCAGGAAUGGCGAGAAUUUCUGCAUUCUGGAUGAGCAGAGGUUUGCCAAGGAGCUGCUCCCCAAGUACUUCAAACACAACAAUAUCUCCAGCUUCAUACGGCAACUCAACAUGUAUGGUUUCAGGAAGGUGAUUGCUCUGGAGAAUGGUAUCAUUACAGCAGAGAAAAGCUCAGUCAUUGAGUUCCAGCACCCUUUCUUCAAGCAAGGGAAGGCACAUUUACUGGAAAACAUCAAGCGCAAGGUGUCUGCAGUGAGAACUGAGGAUCUCAAGGUCUGCACGGAGGAUUUACACAAAGUCCUGUCUGAAGUGCAGGAGAUGAGAGAGCAGCAGAACAACAUGGAUGUCAGGCUGGCUAACAUGAAGAGAGAAAAUAAGGCCCUGUGGAAAGAAGUGGCAGUUCUAAGGCAGAAGCACAGUCAACAACAGAAGCUGCUGUCUAAGAUUCUUCAAUUUAUACUAAGUCUGAUGCGAGGAAAUUAUAUUGUUGGGGUCAAAAGAAAAAGGUCUCUCACGGAUGCUGCGGGUGCAUCGCCCUCCAAGUACAGUCGUCAGUAUGUCCGGAUCCCUGUGGAGAGUGGCCAAGCUAUGGCUUUUUCUGAACAUAGUGCAGAUGAAGAGGAUGGAAAUGGUUCCGGUCUGAUAAUCCGAGAUAUCACUGACACCCUGGAAAAUGCCACCAAUGGCCUCCUUGCUGUGGCACACACAAGUGGCAGAGCCAGAGAGCCACAGGCAGCUCUGGAUCCUGGCUUACCUCUUUGUCAAGUGUCACAGCCAAGUGAGUUAAAUUGUGCAGAACCCGUCCCAUCAGUUCCUAUAAACGAUGUCAGCAAAUCCGGCGAAAUAAGCACGGCUGCUGUGGAGCUCCACACUGCACAGCCAAAUGCUCCAGAGGACCCCGUGUCAGUAAUUGACUCCAUCUUAAAUGAGAGCAGCUCUGGAAACCAAAGUGAUCCUUUGCUGGACAGAGAGGAAAUUCAGGAUUUUCUGAACUGCAUUGAUGCCAGCCUUGAAGAGCUCCAAGCAAUGCUGUCAGGGAAGCAGUACAACUUUGGUGCCGAAGCGUUCAGCGACACGUUUAAUCCGGAGCUGCCAGCCCUGGACAUGAGCUUGAUGGAAACUCCCGCUGGUAUUGAAAAUAUGGCGAACUUGGCAGAGAGCACUGAAGGUCUGGGAGCAGGUGAGAAGGAAACAGCAGGAAGCAAAGAUAUGCAGCUGAUCCAGUACAGAGCCAACCCUCUGCUUUCCUUAUUUGAAGAGCUGCCUUCAGGUGAAGCUGCGGGGAAGGUGGAUGAUCCGAAAGACUUUCUGCUGCCUCCCCUGGAGGAGAAACCUGCUCUCCAGCCUCCAUCAGCCAGUGGAACCGUUGUGCCACUUGCAGCUCCAGCAAGCCAGGCCGAGCCUCUGGACACUCUGGGAGUGGGUGAUCCACCUCUCCUCCCAGAAGACGGGAAUGGAGAGUAUAAACUCUUUCCACUCCUGCUUCUCAGUCCUGUUGCUAACUUCAUAGAUGAGGCCUCUGAGAUAGAAAUUUCUUGAAUUCAUAGAACAUCUGUAACUGGCUUAGUGCUAUGGAAUAACCACCAAAGGAGUGGAGCGGCAAAAAGUAUGAGCUCGGUCCUCUCCUGCUUCCUGGGGAUCCUGCUCUGCGCAGACUAAUGGAAGUUCUCUUGCUGCAAGGAGGGAGCACAUCUGGGAGAACUGAACACAAGCUCAACAACAUCAAGAGCUAGUGGAGUAAAGGCACCAGACAGAGGGGAAGAAGAAGCAACCCUGUAAACAUACCACAGUGUAUUCCAUAACUUUUUAUCCAAUAUUCUUAUUGCAACAGGAAAUCUGUUUGUAUCCUGUUUGUAAAGUUUGGCUGGUUUUUUGUUCGGUGUUUUUUUGGGUUUUGUUUUUGUUAUUGUAUUGUUUUGUUUUGGGGGGGGUAGGGGUUGUUGUUGUUUUGUUUUGUUUUUUGGUUUUGGGGUUUUUUUUUUGUUGGGGGUGGUGUUUGUUUUUAUUAGCUGGAUAGUAAUGUGGUGUGUAAUAUUUUAAACCUGGUUUUAACUGUCUGGAGAGCCUGCUUCAAUAGGUGGGUUGCCUACUGUUUGGAAUUAAGUUGUUUUCAAAUUUUGUUUUUAAUUUGAGAUUGCUUUUUUUGAUAGUUACUGGCUACAAUUGUUUGCAUCCGCUUAAAUUACUUUCAUACUCCUAGAUUUGCUCCUAGGUAUAGGGAACAUUUUUCCUAUGGAAAAUGACAUUUAACUGUGGAGUAUUAUUUUUUAACAUGCUAGCACACGUCCAUUGCCCUGGAUUGUAGGAGUUGUGGUAGGGAGUGCUUGCCCCCCUGUGUAGCGCUGAUUUCUCAUGCACAUUGCAUGGCAGUUCCGGGGUAACCUGCCCCCAGUUCACAGGUCAUGUGUCCUUGGAGAUGGUCAGUAGGACUGAUUCAUGUUUAGCAAAGGCCAGCAGCCGUCCUUAAAUUGAGAAGGGGAGCCCUGGGGUGCCUUGUGCUGACACGGAGCGUCACCUUAAGGUAUCUCUCUGCUGGUAGCAGCUAUUGUUCCCUGCCCCUGUACAGACACCAGGUUUCAUGCUGCGGUUUCUGCCCGUGGAAUCCUAAAGCCAGGUAAACCUGAUGCAUCUGAGUCUUUUGACAAUGGAUUACAUAAACUAGUGUCUACUUCACCAAAAAGUCUUUCCCCAGAGUUUCUUCUGGCGCUGUUUCCCAAGCUCUCUGAGCAGCUGCACUGUGGAGCUGAGCCCCAGUGUCAGUGCAGCAGCAAAGUUGUGUGCUAGUACCAAGCAUGUCACAGCUUCACCAGCCCACACAAACCUGCUAUGUGCAGAAGUCACAGCAAACUGCUGGGGUUACAAGAGGCCUGGAUGCAGGUAGAAACCCUCUUGGAUGAUAUCACCUGUUAUUUCCCUCCAGCACAGUAAAUUUUUUCCAGUUUUAGGAAUUCAGGCUACCUGCAGGCUUUGUUCUCUCUAACGUUCCUGAACUAAAAAGUGCUGAGCUCUUUUAUAUUUGAGAGUCCAAGGUAGAUACUCUGAAGCGUGCUAGAUAAUGCAUGUUACCUGUGCUGGCCCAGCUUGAUUGGAUUUGUGCUUCACUGUCAAAUCUCUGAGUUGCAGAGGAAGGUCCUGCUCCUGAGUGUGUAACGCCUUCAGUGUCAUUUCAUUUCUGUGCUUCUGUACCUGUUCUUACCUCGCGACCCUUCUCAUUUCCAUCUUUUGAACUGCCUUUUGUCAAGUUUGUCUUAUUCAAGCCUUCAGUCUUUAUUUCUCUGGCUUGUUGAGGCCAAGGGCUGCAUAGUCUCAAGUUUUCAUUAACUGAAGGGAGAAGGGGAGGUGAGCAUGUUGUGUCUGUCCCAGGUCAGGUCUGGUUUGUUAAUUCCUUCCCAUAGGCCACAGUUUUGCCAAGAGUGAAUCAGUGAAAACCAGGAUUUUCUGGUGUGCUGUUUGACAGCACCAUGCAGACAACAGAGUUCUUUGGGAGGUUGAUCUGUGCCUCUGACUCCCUGCACUGGUUGGACUGUAGUUUCUGUCAUAGAUUAGUGUCAUGUUCCUCUGAGUCCUCUCCCCUCAGCGCAGCUCACUGUCAGAUACUGGGUCUGAGUGCAUCAUGGGUGUUUAGUACACUUUCUCUAUUAAGAAGGUAAGAAACCAAGGCUUAAGAAAGUUGGGAAAAAAAAAGUUAAAAAAAAAAGUUUGUGCAUCUAUGUGUCUGGUUUAUGUACAGGUCCGGGAAAAGUAUUUGUGCAACUUUCCUAAGAUUGCAAUAGAAAAGGGAAGACUGAAUAACUACAAAAACCCACAUGCUGAAGUAAUUAAAUGCAAGAGUUGCAAAAA